AUACGCUCUCGUCCACUCAGCUGUCAGCUCUUCUUCUUCCUUUACGCCUUCAAUCAAGAUUUCUACUUGAGAAUCAAAAACAAACUUGUGCUCUUGAUCACAUCACUGCUGUACCAAUAAUUUCGAAACUUCAUAUCUGGUUCUCUCUGCAAACCCUAGAAAAUGUUUACAGAAGGUCUGGACGAAAGCGCUAUUAACUGGAUCAAUCAGGGAUCAGAAGCAGACCAGCGAGUUCGAUCACCCUUGGCAGAAAAGAUUACUGUCGACUCUGUUCUACAGUCUCCAUUGUACAAUAACAAGAAUUAUUUCUCUCCCCAGAUUUUGCCUCCACUGAAAUUCUAUUCUGGCUUGUUGGGACCUCAUAGUACGGUGUCUCUUGGUCUGGAUGAUGACGAUGAGAGUGUGGCAUCAGUCCCUGAUGACUUGGACGGAAACAGUUAUGAUGGAUUUGAAGUGGAAGAUUUGGGAUCUAGUGACACCGAUUUGGUGGAUAAGCCAAGUGUACAGUGCUAUGAUGAAGAGCAGUCCAAUGCAAAUUCAAGUAAUAAUUUGAAUUGGGAACCUACUAAACUAACGGAGAAACGACAUGUGACUUCUAUGACCAGGGGGCCUUCAAAGGAGAAUCUCAGGAUUGAUGUUCCACAGGGCAUCAAGGAAUGUGCCCGGCGGCGAUAUUCAACUCCUGGUGGUAGAAAUCUGCCUAGGGAACAGCUCAGUACCUACAAUGCACAUGGUCCUCUUAUGGAUGAAGUCAAGCCCAAAACCUUAGCAGACUUGGGAACUCCCAGUGCACCUCCCAUUAUGGAAAUUGAAAGGAGAGAAAGUAAUUUUGAAGUAAAGAGUGAACAAACUAGCAGUGACAUGGAAGUUGAACAAAUUAGCAGUGACAUGCAUGCACCAAGUGAAACUGGGGCCUGCAAUGAAAGUAAAGAAGUGUUAGCAGAUCCCAGAGGACAAUCUCAAAGAAGCAGUGCACCUUGUCCUGGAACCAUUUCAAGAGAGACAGAGAAACAGAUCCCUUAUUACAGUGCAAGCGGUCAAAAUGCUUGGCAAACGAUGAUAGCUUAUGAUGCAUGCAUUCGCUUAUGCCUACACGCAUGGGCACGAGGAUGCAUGGAGGCACCUGAAUUUCUACGAGAUGAGUGUGUUGUUCUCAGAAGUGCCUUUGGAUUACACAAAUUUUUGUUGCAACCUCGAGGUAUGUAUCGAAGGGAAGGCACACUUACUGAGAGCGCAGAAGAAACAUGCAUUGUAAAAACAAACAAGGCAGCUGGAAAGAUUAAGGUGGAAGUGAGAAAGAUUCGUAUAAUACCCCGGCGAAAACUCAAAGCUACAUACUCAUUGCGAGGUGCUGACUACAUGCAAGCAGGGGCAGAAUAUAUUCGACAUGUUUCUUCAUUGGUGAAAACUGGGAUCAGUUCUCUAAAACUAUCUACAUUGUCAGUGACUUCAGAAGAAUCACUAUCUUGCUUAGUCCAACUGAAAAGUUCUACAGAAGAGAUGCAGGGUGAACCAGGUUCUGCUAUUUGUCUGCAACCAGGAACUUAUCAUGUCUUCUUUCCACAGAGCCAAGGGGAUGCUCUUUUAUUAGAGGUCCAAAAUACAAAUAAGGUCACCCAUGGCCGAGCUACAAUUCAAAUUUCAUCAUUGACCGAUGAUCCUAAUGAUAGAGUCCGGUGGUGGCCAAUUUAUCAUGAUGAUCAUGAAUGUGUUGGGAAGGUUCAGCUCUUCAUUGGCAGUACAGUUACUCGUGAUGAUCCUAACCCUAUAAAGGGUGGACAUGUUGUGGAAACUCUUGCUUAUGAUUUGGUGCUUGAAGCUGCUUUGCGAGCUCAGCAUUUUCAUCCCCGAAACUUGAGGUUAGAUGGACCUUGGAAGUGGCUGAUAACUGAAUUUUCCAACUACUAUGAAGUUUCAGAUUCAUAUACUAAGCUAAGGUACCUUUCAUAUGUCAUGAAUGUGGCAACACCUACAAAAGAUUGCUUGGAGAUUGUCUAUGAAUUACUUCUUCCUGUGGUAAAGGCCAAAAGUGAGAGAAGUCUAACUCAGCAAGAGAGAAGUAUAUUGUUGGACUGUGAAGCUCAAGUAGAGAAUCUUUUAGCAAAUGUUUUCGAGAACUACAAAUCAUUAGAUGAGCUCUCUCUGACUGGGUUAGUAGAUGUGCUUGGCCCAAUAGUGGAUUCUGCUGCUCCAGCUUUAGUUCCUGCUGUGAAAGUAUACACCCUUCUUCAUGAUAUACUUGCCCAAGAAGCACAGGCAAUAUUGAGAAACUAUUUACAGACAGCUGCAACAAAGAGGUGUAGGAGACACAUGGUAGAGACUGAUGAAUUCAUGUCAACCAACAGUGAGGGUUUCCUUAUGGACCACGUAACCAUCUCCACAGCAUACCUCAAGAUGAAAAACUUGUGCAUAAACAUAAGUAAUGAGAUCAAGGCAGACAUCAAGAUUCAUAAUCAGCAUGUCCUUCCAAGUUCGAUAGACCUAUCAAACAUAGCAGCUUCUGUUUACAGCACUGAGUUGUGUAACAGAAUAAGAGGAUUCCUUGCAGCUUGGCCUCCAGCAAGCCCCUUACCACAUGUAACAGAACUUUUGAUUGCAACUGCUGAUUUUGAGAGGGAUCUUGAGUCAUGGAAUAUCAGCCAUGUGCAUGGGGGUGUAGAUGCAAUAAAUUUGUUCCACAAUUACAUAAUGGUUUGGAUACAAGAUAAGCAACUUUAUCUCCUGGAUCUGUGCAAGGCAGAAAAGGCACCAUGGUGUGGAAUAACUACAAAUCAUUCCACUUCACCAUUUGCUGAGGAUAUGUACGAGAAAAUUAAAGAUACAAUAAAUGAGUAUGAAGUGGUGAUCAACAGAUGGCCCCAAUACUCGUUGAUUUUAGAGAAUGCCAUCGCCAUUGUGGAACGAGCAGUCAUCAAAGCUCUGGAGAAGCAGUACAGUGACAUCUUAAUGCCAUUAAAAGAUAGCAUCCCCAAAAAGCUUGGAAUGCAUGUACAGAAACUCACGAGAAGACAAUCUGUAACACUCUAUUCUGUUCCUAAUCAAUUGGGAACGUUCCUGAAUACUAUCAAAAGAAUUCUUGAUGUUCUACACUGCAGACUUGAAGAUAUUCUUAAAUCUUGGGCAUCCUAUCUACCUGUCACUGGAGACAAGAAGACACUCUUUGGGGAGCAUAUGAAUGGCAUUACAGUCCUGCUAAGAACAAAAUACAAAAACUACAUGCAAGCAACUGUAGAGAAGCUAAUUAGUAAUACACAAGCCAAUAGAGGCACACGGCUUAAAAGAAUCCUAGAGGAAACAAAGGAAGCAGAUGGUGAAGCUGAGGUCCGCGGAAGGAUGCAAAUGUUGAGUUCACAACUCAUUGACUCCAUAUCAAACUUGCAUGAGGUCUUCUCAAGCAGGAUAUUUGUAGCAAUUUGUCGUGGAUUUUGGGAUAGGAUGGGCCAGACUGUUUUGAAGUUUCUUGAGAGCAGGAAAGAAAACCGAAUCUGUUACAAAGGUUCUUAUUAUGCUCUUGGUGUAUUGGAUGAUACAUUUGCAUCUCAAAUGCAGAGGCUGCAAGGAAAUGCACUGCAACAGAAAGAUCUUGAGCCCCCUCGUUCAGUUAUUGAAGCUCGUUCAAUUCUUUGUAGAGACACACAAAAUGUGACAGACUCAUCAACAUACUUCUAUUGAGACUCAGUGAGCUUAAAAUUUUUUUCACGUCUGAAUCAUAACAAGGGAUGGGCAACAUGCUAGCAAUCUCAUUUGUUUCUCACACGAGAUUCUUAUCCAUCCCCAAAACUUUUUCAUUAAUAUUCAUUUUUUUUUUGUAAAUUUCUUCCUUAAAUUACAUUGUCUAUAUUAACGUUCUUUUUUGUAUAUUUCUCAUUAAAUGGCUGUAAUCUUUACAAAAACUCUGAUAAUAAAAGAAAGAAAUUUCCAAGA